AUGCAGAAAANGGUGUAUUAUGGUGGAAAUGAGUUUAUUGAUGAAGUAGAAAGAUUGUGUCAGAAAAGAGCUCUUGAAGCCUUUGAUCUAGAUCCAUCAUUAUGGGGAGUUAAUGUUCAGCCAUAUUCGGGGUCACCUGCAAACUUUGCUGUCUAUACUGGAAUUGUUGAACCUCAUGGAAGAAUUAUGGGAUUAGAUCUUCCAGAUGGUGGUCAUUUAACACAUGGCUAUAUGACUGAAAAGAAACGUAUAUCUGCCACUUCAAUUUUUUUUGAAUCAAUGCCGUAUAAAGUUGAUCCAGCAACUGGUCUGAUUGAUUAUGACAAAUUACAAUUAAAUUCAAAACUCUUUAAACCAAAAUUAAUUAUCGCAGGAGUAAGCUGUUAUCCUCGAGAUUUAGAUUAUAAGCGAUUUAGAAAAAUAGCAGAUGAAGUCGGUGCUUAUCUCAUGGCUGAUAUGGCUCACGUUAGUGGUCUGGUAGCCACAAAGUUGGCACCCAAUCCAUUUGAAUAUUGUGAUGUUGUGACAACAACAACACACAAAACAUUACGUGGACCAAGAGCAGGAAUAAUAUUUUACAGAAAAGGUGUUCGGUCUGUAAAUAAACUUGGCGAAAAAGAAAUGUAUAAUUUGGAAGAAAAAAUUAAUCAAGCUGUAUUUCCUGGACUGCAAGGUGGACCACACAACAAUACUAUUGCUGGUAUUGCUACUGCUCUCAAACAAGUUCGGAUGCCCGAAUUCUAUUCUUAUCAGAAACAAGUUGUAGCAAAUGCAAAAACACUUGCUCGACUUUUACAAGAAAAAGGCUACAAAUGCAUCUCAGGUGGCACAGAUAAUCAUAUAGUUUGGGUUGAUCUUCGAUCAAAGGGAAUAAAUGGUUCACGUGCAGAAAGAGUUUUGGAAGACAUAUCCAUUGCUUGCAAUAAAAAUACUGUACCUGGGGAUAAGAAUGCUUUUAAUCCCAGUGGAAUUAGAUUGGGAACGCCUGCUCUUACCACUAGAGGCUUAAAAGAAUCUGAUAUCGAACAAGUGGUUGAUUUCAUUGAUAGAGGAUUUGAUGGUUCUACCACUGUUGAAGAAUUUAUUCAAAGUUUGAAUGCAGAAGCAGGGAUUAGAGAUACUAGCCAUUCUGGAUUCUUUCUUUACAGUGAUGAUCCCAUCGAAAAAGGCAUGGAACAUUGCCUUCAAAGUUCUUCCAAGGUAAUGAAUUAA